AUGAGCGCUAAUGAGGCUGCAGUGAUGGGCACUGAAAUGCUGCACUGAUGGACACUGAUAGGUGGCACUGAUGGGCACUGCCACACACAGGGGUGGAAUGACAACUCAUGGGGCCCCUGGGCAAUAGGGGAUCAUGGGGCCCCUGUGUCCUUGCCCAAACUCUAAAAAAAGCCUAUGAAAAAGGUACCAGGGGCAUCUCAUGGGGCCCCCUACUGACCCCAGGCCCUCGGGCAGUGCCCGAGUUUCCAAAUGGUCAGUCCGCCCCUGCACCACACACCUGUCAAAUUAGGACCUGUGGC